AUGCCGGCUUACCACUUUUCUCUCAUGGACCCUGACACCAAGCUUGUUGGCAACAUGGCGUUGCUGUCCCUCAGAAGUCAGUUCAAAGGACCUGCGCACCACAAGACAAAAGACACAGAUAUUGUGGAUGAAGCCAUCUAUUACUUCAAGGCCAAUGUCUUCUUCAAGAACUAUGAAAUUAAGAUUGAAGCAGACAGAACCUUGAUUUACACCACACUCUACGUCUCUGAGUGUCUAAAGAAACUUCAGAAGUGCAAUUCCAGGAGCCAAGGCGAGAAAGAAAUGUACAGGCUUGGAAUCAGAAACUUCCCCAUUCCUGGAGAAGCUGGCUUUCCCCUCAAUGCCAUUUAUGCCAAACCUGCGAACAAACAGGAGUGUGAAGUGAUGCGGGCAUACCUACAGCAGCUGAUGCAGGAGACUGGACUGUGGCUCUGUGAGAAAGUUUUUGACCCUCAGAAUGAUAAACACAGCAAGUGGUGGACUUGCUUUGUGAAGAGACAGUUCAUGAACAAGAGUCUCUCGGGACCUGGGCAGUGA